CUCUUCCUGCCUGCCUAUUUAUAUAUCCUUUCUUCUUUUUUUAAUUCUUUCUGUCCAGAUCUGGAUCUUUUGUCUCUUCCAUUAAAAGGCUACGACACUUAACCGUUUAAGAUUACAAUUUUCCUAUUCGCUGGUUACAAAGGACACAAACUUCUCAUUCGUUACAGCUAAUCUUAUUAGAUAAUUUGAAGAUAAGAAAAACAUAUUAGUAACUCCUAUUCAUUUCUCCUAUUCAUAUAUUGUUGCAAAGAAUCUCUUCAAUCAAGCAUUGGGGAGUUUUAAGGGAUUGGAUAAAUUGAAAAUAGUAAAUAAAAAAGUCUCUAACUCAUAUUAGGAUAAAUCCAGCUAAUCUGGAAUGUUUUUUUUUGUGUGAGACAAAGUGUGCGCUAUUUUAAACAACUUUUAUCCUAUUGUAUCUAUCUUCUUAACCCCUUCUUCAUACCACAACUUGUCUUUGUCUUUACUUCAUACUUACAUAUUCUUUUCUUUUCGUUCUUUGUCAAUAUUUUCCCAAUCCUUCUGCCUGUCUGCUUGUUUUUGCGGUUGCUUCUGUCUCUGUCUCUUUCCCCUUCUCUCUUUUAUGUUACUUCUACUUUACACUCUGUCAGUUCGUUGACAAUCCCCGUUCCAUCAGUGAGAUUUAUUUUUAAGUAUGUAAAUUAAUCAAUGGUUGUAUUAUAAGGGAUGAAAUUAAAAAGUAUACACUUCUUAAUUGUGUCAAUUUUUACUCUUAUCUAUUCUUCGCAGAUAGAAGAAAACUCAAAAAUGAAUUACACUGCUGACGAAGAUGAUCCUGACAUUUUUAAUCACCAUAAUGGUUGCAAUAACCUAAAAAUACAGUCUCAAAAUUAUACAAUUCAAGGAGGAUAUUACGAAAUCGUCCUAGGACGUCUUGGAGUUAUUGGUUACGAAACGGGCACAUUUAUAGAAAAUCCUUAUCUUUUUGAUCAAGACAUCCUGAUUAUUCAUGGAAGUCCACAAUCUAUAAAUGAGGCAAUAGUGAGAAUAGAAAAUAUAAUUGAGGAGAGAAGGAGACAGUUUGAAACUUUCGAUGAUGGGUGACUGAUUGAAUGAAUAUGUUAUAUAUUCAGAAAGUGACCAUAUAAACGUUAUCGGUCAAGUGACUUGAAAAAAUAAAGUCAUUUUUAUUGUUAUUGUUUAUAUAGAUGAUCCAUAAAGUGCUAUUACGUUUUUCUAAAUAUUAAAAUGUUUCAUA